UCAAUAUGGCGGCCCGCCAGCCACGUCCCUCGGUGAUGACGUCACGGCGACAGCUUACGGCGGGACAGCUGAAAGAGGAUCAGUGUUAGCGGGCGCGGGUUUUGGGUUGUCACCAUGUUCACAGAUAUAUCAGUUGGGCAGGGCCCUGGCCUCCUGACUCCACCAUCUGAGGUCUCUGCUACAUUUACAAGAGUCUCCAAUGCUCAGUAUACCAACCAAUCGGAAAGUUAUCGCUUGGGAGAACGCAGCUUCACUCGCCAAUACGCACACAUCUAUGCCACCCGACUGUUAGAGAUGAGGCCACUCCUGGUAGAACGUGCUAAGAAGAAAUGGGGUGAUGACAUAACUGUGCGGAAGUUAUGUGAGCUGCAGGGAGCAGAGAGAUGCUGUGUGGUGGGGACACUAUUCAAAUCUAUGGAACUCCAGCCAUCAAUUCUAAGAGAGAUCAGUGAAGAGCACAAUCUUCUGCCUCAGCCACCCAGACAAAAAUAUAUCAGUGACACAGAUGAGCUUAUACUGGAGGAUGAACUGCAGAGGAUUAGGCUGGAGGGGGCCACAGAUGUAAAUAAGUUUGUGACCGGUGCUGUUAUUGCAGUCCUCGGUUCAGAGGAUGAUGCUGGGAAGUUUGCGGUGGAAGACUUCUGCAUGGCAUCCCUCCCCCCACAGUCUCCUUUGCCAGAACUGGGUGAGGACAGGUAUGUACUGAUGACAUCUGGCUUGGGACUAGGUGGAGCCAGCGGGGAUAGCUUGUUGGGGUUACAGCUGCUCUUAGACUUGGUGACUGGACAGGCUGGAGCAGAGGAGGAGCAGGGCUGUGCUGCAAGGAUAUCCCGCGUCAUAUUGGCUGGCAAUCUGCUUAGUGAGAACACACAGAGCAAAGACUACUUGAACAAGGCCAAAUAUCUCAGUAAGAAGACUCAAGUAGCCAGUGUGGACGCUGUGAAGAUGCUUGAUGAGAUCCUUCUUCAGCUCAGUGGCUCUGUGUUUGUAGAUGUCAUGCCGGGAACCUAUGAUCCAACAAACUACGUCCUUCCUCAGCAGCCCCUCCACAGAUGUAUGUUUCCUCAGGCUUCUCCGUACUCUACCCUUCAGCUGGUAACCAACCCAUAUGAAGCAGACAUUGAUGGAGUCAGGUUUCUGGGUUCCUCUGGACAGAACAUUACUGACAUAUUUAAGUACUGCAGUAUGCAGGAUUACCUGGAGAUCCUGGAGUGGACGUUACAAGUAGGGCACAUGUGUCCCACUGCCCCAGACACACUAGGUUGUUACCCCUUUCACACAUCAGACCCUUUUAUCCUGCGUACCUGCCCCCAUGUGUAUUUCUGUGGAAGUGCUCCCAAGUUCAGCUGUAAAGAGCUUGAAGGUCCUGAGGGCCAACGUGUUUUAUUGCUCACCGUACCAGACUUCAGCAGUACACAGACCGCCUGCCUGGUGAACCUUCGUACUCUACAGUGUCAGCCAAUCAGCUUCUCUGGAUUUAGCGCAGAUGAUGAGUCAUCUGACUGACUGUCUGUCUAUUUAUUUUCUGUUAAGACUGAUUACCAAAAGUUCUUGGAUUGUGGUAGGUCAGGAAAUUCACAAGAAAGACUAUAAAUGCAAUAGAAAGUGUGAAACCUCUAUUGAUGUCCAUGCCGUGAAACCAUAGGUCUAUAGUUCCCACUUUCAGAAGGACACAGAAUGCAGUAAAUGUAAUUUAGUCAGAACAUCAAACUGUUGGUUUAAGAUUGACUUGUAACUUUUAAGGUACCCUGCUCAUAUCCACAAUGACUAGAGCUCAUCACAUUACCUGUCCAAUUCUACUAAGUAGAUACCCAGGAAAUAAAAUAAAGUUUAUAUGAAUUUGAGAGAGUGUUUCUAUGUGUUUAAUAAAUUACCGUUUCCUCAUUAAUUCUUCUAAAUAAUUAAUGACCCGAUAGCCUGCCUCAUCUGUUGGGACAGUUCCCACCCUACCAAACUCCUCAGUGUUUUCCUGUCCCAAAGAGCAGGUUUAUGGGGUAGCAGAUUACUCAUCUUUUCUGAGUAUCUCAUUAAAACAUAAAAAUUUGCCUAAAGACUAUGAGUAAAAAAUGCCAUUUCCUUUUUUAGGGUAUUUAUUUUAUGGGCCCAGGGGACUUAAUGUAAAAUUUUGAUUUUACCAGUAAUUAAAGAAUAAGUUCACCUUUGGAACAUGUGCCAGCGGGCGGGUGAUCCUCUUCCCACACCCACUGUCACAUUUAAAAAAAACAGGGUGGCUGUGUGUGGUGCUUCGCUCAAUCCAUUGCAGCUGACAGGUUGUAGUUCUCAAUGAGCUAUGAGAGCGCUGGUGACUUUCCUCGUAGUUCAUUGAUCUUCCUGCUCUCAAGUAAAUGCCUGCCUGUAUCGGAGGUAUGGAGAGACAGCUAUCCUGAGAGUCUGCAGGAUCUGGACAUUGCAUCUGUGACCUGCUAAUCGCGGGUGCAAUGCUCUGCAGGCUCCUUUGAAAAAAAUUAUAAAUGCACAUUUUUUUUACCUGCAUUUAUUUUUAUUUUUUUAAAAGGUGAACUUUAUCCUUUUAAACUUUCCUGAUUCCUCCAUGACAUCCUAGGUUAAUUCCCACCCUGUAAGAUUACUUUUUUGAUAUACAUCUAUCUUAUUCUCUAGAAUAAUGCCACGGGGUCCCCUAAAUUCUCUGUCCCAGCAAGUAGACAGCCAGUCUGCUGGGUUUAUAGGCAGUCGCAGAGAAUCAGUGGAAAGGCAAUUACAGAUAAGUCAUUUCAGUUUUCAGCCUUGUUACAUCGAGGAAAGCCGUCUCUCUUAUGCUUUCUUGAUAUGCAAAACUUGUGGUUUUGUGCAUUUUGCUUUGAUGGACUCAAUCUUUUCAGGUAUAAUAUUACUCGUAGAGUCCGGUUAUAUGUAAAGGGACAAGCCUUAUUACUUAUUCCACAUGGUAAUACACUGCACAAAGUAGUAAAACAGGAAUGGGGCAGAGCUAAUGUCAUUCUAAAUGGGCAGGGGGGGGGGGUGUUCGACUGGUUAACAAGGACACCAAUUUUACUGUUGGCUCAUAUCAUGUUCAUACCAACUUCUUUCUGCAUAAUGUUGUGGGUGUUAUUGGCCUUGUAUGUUCGUCCAUAUACAUAUUUUUUUCCUGCUGCUAGCACAGAUGAAACACACUUCUUCUAUAUCUCUAUGUAUGUUCUAUAUAUGUUCCUAAAUCCAGUUUUUAAAUACCACUUCCCUAGUAUUGCUUUGUACAUGGUGCAUUUUGUAAUAAAAGGAAAAAUUGGGCAAUUAUA